AUGCAGGGUCCGUACCAGCACGAUCACAGCAGCCGCAGUUCGCCAAAAAACUCGCAGCUACAACGCAACAUACGGAGUCGACGGCUGGAGUCGCGGCAACCAGAAUUAGGAUCCUUGUCUUCGACAUCGCAUGAGCAGUACCAGUCACUGGUGACCGUUCAAGGUGGACUGCAUUCCUGUCGUCAGUGCACCUAUGUGACCAAGUACAAAGGGAACAUGCAACAACAUCUUUGCAGACAUACGGGCGUGCACCCCUUUGAGUGCCAUCUGUGUUCAGCUACAUUCUCUCGGAACUAUCUCCUGAUGAGGCACAUUUAUACACACUCAGGAAAGCUUCUCUUUUCGUGUGACCACUGCAGGGCAUCGUUUGCACACAAAGGGACCCUUGUGGACCAUGUGGUGCACACCCACCCAGGGGAGCGUUCCUUUUCCUGUGACCAGUGCAGUGCAUCCUUUUCAUAUAAAUACUCCCUCGUGCUACACAUGCGCUACCACACAGGGGAGCGUCCCUUUUCCUGUGACCAGUGCGAUGCAUCAUUUGUGACGGCGCAGCUCCUCAAAAGCCACAUGUACAUCCACAGAGGAUCCUUGUCUUCGACAUCUCAUGAGCAGUACCUGUCACUGGUGACCGUUCAAG